AGAGUAGCGGGGGUUGCGCGAUUUCCGCGUUGGUAAGACCGGCGGCUCACCGCAGCAGCAGGUAUGCGCGGUAACUUCAGGUGGCCUUGGCAGUUCCGCAAGAUUGACGAGCUGCUGGCAGCACGUGACGAGGCAGCGGCGGUGGCGGAUGCGGCGGCGGCGGCGGCGGUGGCAGAUGCGGCGGCGGAUGCGGCGGCGGAGCCGUCCGCCAAGGCGGCCGAGGCGGCGGUGGUGCCGCAGUGAGGAGGGGCUGAGCACCUAGGGUGCGUGCAGACGGGGUGGGAGCCGCAGCGUGAGGCUGUGGUCGCGAGCGUGGUUUGCGCGCUUUGGCUAUAUAUUCCGGUAUGCUCAAUGCAUAUCUGGCAAGCGGUGUGAGUUCGGGGCAACGGACGAUGUUGGUGUCAAUGCGGCGCGGGCCGGCACUUUGGAUUCAUCGGCGUGUGGGUUGGCAGUGCUGAGCCUCCGAGGCGGUAGGUGCAUGUGUUUUACGGCUGAGGGGGUCGAGACUUGGGGAAGUAUUACUGGGCUGAGCCCCCUGCUGUUGGCGUCUGCGUCGGUGUGCCAGCGAGGACACCUACCAGCGCGCCGCCUGCAGCCACAGCUGUGGCGACAUGGCGGCGGCGAAGGCGGAGGCGGUGCUGGGGCGGUGCGUGUGGUGCGCAGCGGCUUAGGCCGGCGAUGUAUGCGGCAGGUCCCUGGCGUCGUAAGUGCGGCGGGUGGCACCCGCAGCGCCAGCACCAGCACUAGCAGCAAGGGUUGGGGUUGCUCGAACGACUCGGAUGGCGUUCAUGUAACCGCUGUUGGUUGAGGCCGUGAUGGACUCACAUUGAUGGGGUCGGGUCAGAGCGGCUUUCACGGCUUUGGGUGAAGCCGUCAGCCCGUUGUGGCCAAGGCACGUUUUGGGCAGUCGACGAUUGGGUGGGAGAUUGAUUGGACGACGUUGACGUUGGAGCCAGUUGCUACCCUAUGUUCCGGCGUAGGCUUGGCAGAUCGAGUUGUCGGCUGUUGGCGACGUGGUGGGCACCAGCCGCCUCCUGCGGCAACUGCAACUGCGGUACCGUACUGCUAAAAAUUAUUC